CUUGUUGACAGCGCACCGUGAACUGCGGUCAAUUUGUUUCUAACGUGGCAGCGCGGUGUUGUUCCCGACUCAGUGGCUCUGGCUGUGGAAGUUAGAAUGAGGCUUGUGCCGCUGAUCUCCAGGGAGUGAGCGGAGUGCGUCAAACUUUUUUGGAGUUUGUGUUCAGCAUGACUCUGGAGAGCGCCUCGCUCCUGAAGGCAGGGUUUGUGUUGCUGAUGGCAGCUCAAGUCCUGCCUUCAGUGUCUGGCUGCAGCAGAGCAUUCUACGAGAGGAUGAUCAGUGAUCUCUGCUUGGCUAAGUUCAAAUUUGACAUGGGAAGACUGAACCGAGGUUUAUGGUGCAGCUGGCCGGACACAAUGGAGAUCUAUGAGGGACUCACAAACUGCACGUACCAGGUGGCCUUGAGGAUGGACUGCUUCUGGCCGAAUCAGAUAGUUGACCAUUUCUUCAUGGAGAUUCACCGGAUUUACUUCCAUGACUGCGCUCUGACUGGUCGACUCCUGCAUGACCCACCGAUUAGCAUCCUUGCACCAUUCAUCGCAGUGCCAGUACUAAUCACCCUGCUUAUGACUGCCCUAGUGGUGUGGAGGAGCAAACGCACAGAGGGAGUGCUAUAGGGUCACUUAGGGUGCUGGAUUUGGACCCAGAGAAUGUUCUAGAAGACUUUUUUUUUAGUAUAAAGCGUGAAUAAAAAGUGAAUAUUACUCUUUGGAAGUUGCAGUGAAACAAUUGGCAUGUUGUGAAAGAUGACAAUAGAAAUAAAUGCUCUAUUUGGUACAAAAUAUGUAUGGCAGUCACUUCUAGUAGAUAAGUUAACAACUAUGAAAAUAUAUGAACAAUAACAUCUUUUGAGAUUCACAGGAUUUUCGAGCACAUUUAGGUUAAUUAGUAUACAUAAUCUCAUGGCACUAUACAACGUGUAAAUGCAUAGACAGGAGGAGAGACGAUGUUGAUUUGAUAGGAGCCAUGUGGAGAAGGGUGAAGAAAAGAUGAGAUGAAAAGAAUAGAAGGAAUUAGAAAAAAAGAAGGAAGAAGAGAGAAAAUUGUAUGGAGGAACCCGACUGCCAAAAUAAAUAAAUGAGUCAUCAAAUAAAUCAGUAUAAGCAAAUAUAAAUUCCCCUUUAUUAUUUAUUUUCCCUGCCAUUUUAUUUACACUGCUCAAUCAAGGGGACACUUUGCAUUGUAACACAAAGUCACUUAAAGUUCAGGGAUGUCAGUCAGUUCAGUUAAGAAGCAUAAACCAUUAUGAAUCCAUUACACCUGCUUUGGUGCAAAUAAAAGUAGCAACUGGUGCACUGGAGAGGC